GAGCUGCCGACGACCUCGGCAAGACUCGCAUCGCGCGGAAGAACCUCAAGGAAAACCCCCAGGUUGCGGCGUGGCACUUCUACCGUCGUUUUCGCCUGUUCCUAAGGGAGUAUUUCUUCAAGAAGUUCUCGGUUACGGCACAUUAGUACCGCUUUGAGUGGCAGGGACGUGGUAGUACAUAUUGUCUCGGGCUUUACUGGAUCGAAGGCGCGCCUACGCCAGGCUAUGAGGGCUUCUUAAACCCGGAGUAAAAGAGAGAGUUCCUUGAGCUUUGGGGACUUCACGUUUCGGCCUAGAACCCCGAACCCGUACGUCAACGCCCCCCUCAAGAAGACGACCCCCUCAAGGUCUUUCCUAGCGAAAGUACCACCUUCUCGGAUCUCUCCAAGGUACUCAACCGCGUCCAGCGUCACCGCUGUACCGAGGCGUACUGUCUUCGCAGGCGGAAGGUGAACGGCGUUAUGUCACGAGAAAAGCUCUGCCGCUUCUACUUUGAACGACCGCUCCACGACCAUGCUGUGUUGAUACGAGGGAUGAACCCAAAGUACGAGAUGUUUGACGGGGCCCGCCCAAACGACGGUAGGCUGAACAACUACGCCCGUGCAAUUGUACUUGGUUGGCUGGCUAAUACCGACUCUGUUCCUACCACCUCUCUUCGCGCCGUGCUCACCUACAUCUCGAAGUACUGCUCGAGGGCCGAGUCCCAGACUCAGCCUUAUAAGGAUAUCCUUCGCGAGCUUAUCCCUAGGGUUAAUAGCAGGCAGCCUUUGGUCACGUUGAUCUCGAAAAUGCUAAACAAGCUUCUCGCCGAACGUGAUUGGCCUGCGAUGGAGGUUGCUCAUUUACUUCUCGACCUUCCUCUGGUGGAGUGUAGCCAUAACGUCGUCCCCGUGGACUGCCGAGAUCCUCGCCUCGGACCUUGGGCCGCGUUUAUCCCGGCGGACCGAGAUAAGGUUAUGGAGGGUAAGAGCUUCUACACGAAGUACUGUGCCCGUACUGCCGAAUGGCGAGACCUCACUUAUUUCGACUGCUUGCGAAAUGUCAACUGUGGCCGUCGGCGCUGGACGCGUUUCGGGCCUAAUGCAAAGCCCCGUAUGCUUAGCUAUUUCCCUCGGUAUAAGUCCGAACCAGACGAGCCGGCUUUUGAAGACUUCGCUCGCGUAAAGCUCAUGCUCCACCACCUACAUACGACCAUCUAUUACAAACCGCUUGACUUGGUGGGUCGUUUGUCUGCCGGCGCAGUGGCGCCUUCCGAAGAGUGGUGAAUGCGAACUAAACUGAGGGCAAGCUCCUCCUGC